CAGGGAAACGCUAUUUAAUGAGGAGCUGCGGUGUGGAGGUUCACUAGGUGAAGAAUGACAAACUGAAGAUGGAGCUCAGACCACAACCUGUCAGAAGGGUAGGCUCAAAGGGUAUAGACCACUAUGGUGAUGCUGAAGCCCCUGCUGAUCCCAGCGAUGAGAUUAUGUUCAUCCCACUCUCGCCCCUGGCACGACUGUACAUCUACGCCCUGCACGGAUGUCUCUGUGAGGUGGCGUUCACCGCUGUUUGGGACUGGCUCUAUACCAGCGACCAGAGGUUACCGGGACACACUAGCCUUUGGGCAUUGCUCAUAUACAGUUCUGCCAUUUACUUUAUGGAAGGCCUGAGCGCUAAAAUGCAGCAAAAACGCUACCCCCUACCUGUCCGGCUGACCAUCUACACCUCGUUUAUAUAUCUGUGGGAGUUUAGCUGGGGUUUUUUGCUGAGGUUGCUGCAGGCUUGCCCCUGGGAUUACUCUGGUUUCAGGUAUAAUCUGAUGGGACUUGUAACUCUGGAAUAUGCUGCACCCUGGGCCCUGGCUUCACUCAUAGCAGAGAAGCAUGUCAUAAGGAACACGCUAAAGAUACGUCUGCGCAUCUGAACAGAGACUUGAGGCCAGUUGGCACAGGGGCUGCUGAGUCAGAGUGGAAGUGAACUCUGCUCUCUUUCCGGUGUGUGUGUUGUAAGCAUGCACACACAGAUGACAAGCACACAAAGCAAUAAUCAAUGCUAUCAUACUACUCUGCAGUGAAGAGGCCUGAGGUAUGACUGUAUAAAACAAACUUAAGAACUGCUUAGCAAACGCCUCUAAAACUACAUAAAAUGUGCACCUUUCACACUUUGAUUUGAGGCCCUGAUAAUAUGCCUAAAAUUAUAUGUGAUCAAAAGUACUUAAAAUACUAAGUAUAAAACACUUACAAAUGUAUUUGAAAUACUUCCUUCUCAUUCAAAACACUCAGCGUGUAUUUCUGUCUUCCUUGUUACGCUGUACUUAUGUCUAUUACUCAUCUACUACCUAUGUCUUCAACCCUUAAUCGAGGCAAGUUUCUGGAAUUUUCCUCGGAAAAUAACCAUAAAGUAAAUGACACAUAGACAGGGGAA